GCGGGAGGGGGUCUCCUCCAGUUAGUAUAUAACAGGUGCAAUCUUCGGGUUCUUCAUCAGUUCUUACCCGGCAGAACUAAUCUUCUCAAUGGCUUCCUUCAAGAUCCUGUUGUUCGUCGCCCUGGCGGUUGCCGCCACCAUGGCUGAGGACGCCCCUGCUGACAGGACCAAGAAGCAGGUCUACUCUGGAUACUAUGGUUCUGGAUAUGGUGCCUACCCCUACAACGCUGCCUAUGGAUACUCUGCCGGUGCCUACCCCUACAACGCCGCCUACGGAUACUCUGCCGGUGCCUACCCCUACAACGCCGCUUACGGAUACUCUGCCGGUGCCUACCCCUACAACGCCGCCGCCUACUCUGGAUAUCCCUACAGCAGAGCAUACUACUAGACCUCCCCAACUGAUUUACCUUCCAAAAGUAUUCUUCAAUUGGCUCCCUACUUCAAGAAUGCAGUAAUUUUUCAAUAAAUAGGUUCCUUACA